UACUAACCAAUCACUGAGCUAGAUGUACAGUAGGCGAUGCUUCUGGCUUUGCAACCACUCGCUGAUUAGUCGGUAGCUCAGAAGUCCCUCCCACUGUACGGCCGAACCCUUGGAUGCAGUAGCUGGCCGCUCUGAUCGCACCCCGAACCCUCGUAGCGCAGCGGAGGAAACCGAACCGCUAUUUAUCGAUCUGCCAUUUAUUACUGAUCGUUAAACACUACUGGACAGCAGGUCUGAACUUCGUCUGGGUCGAAUCUUUUGAGUCUUUGGGGCCCUCGGAAGUGGUGACAUGUCUGGCUUGUUGUUGUUUUUACCCUGCUUAGCUAGAUAGCUAGCCGUGUGUGCCUUGCGCUGCUGACGGGGUAACGCAGGUUCUCUUACUCGGCACCGACAGCACUUCGUUGCGAACACUCCAGUCCUUCCGCUGGAGCGGUCUGACUCAUGUGAACCGUCCCGGGCCUGGUCGCCCCCCGCUGCCGGUCCCGGAGGUCUCUGGUCCCGAUGGAGGCCAACAUGACCCCGCUGUCCCACCUCCAGGAGAACUCGUACAAAAUGACCGAGGAGGACGUCAAACGGCUGAUUGAGUUCCGGGCAUCUAACGAGUCCCUGUUCACCGGGAAGAGGAACUCUGCGAAGAUAGCAUGGAACACCAUCCUGAAGGGCCUGGGGCUGCAGGGGAAGCUUAGUGCUGACCAGAUUGCCAAGAAAUGGGACAACCUCCGCACCAAGUACAAGGACCUAAAGCAGCCUUAUCAGGGCCAGGAGGGCGGCUCCCAGGACUCGUGGCCCUGGUUCCACAUCAUGGACGACGCCAUGCAGGGCCGCCUCUACAACAGCACGCUGGUCCUAAGCCCCGCCCCCACGCCCCACACCCCGCACCAACUGGCCCCGGGGGCAUCGGCCUCGCGCCACGGCAACCGUAACCCGGAUAACGCCGACAUCCUGGAGUUCCUGAUCAAGACAGAGAUGGAGGACUCGGGUGCGGGCGACGGCCCCCCCAGGCUGACCCCGCCCUGUGAGGGCUUGCCCAUGGGCUGGAGGCGGCUGUCGGAGUGCACCUAUAAGAUGUCGGAGCAGGAGACGGAGAGCAUGAUCAAGCUGCGCUGCACCAACGAGUCGCUGUUCACAGGCAGGAAGCACUCGGCCAAGCCGGCCUGGAGGGCCAUCCUGUUUGAGCUGGGCCUACAGGGGAAGGUCACCACAGACCAGCUGGCCAAGAAGUGGGACAACCUGAAGAGGAGAUACAAGGAGCUGAAGUUCCCGGCGCGUGGCGUGGAGAGUAGCCCCGGCUCCUGGCCCUGGUUUUACCGCAUGAGCGACGCCAUGGAGGGGCGGUUUGCGGCGGCGGCGCCCGUGCUCACGCCGCUGGUGGAGGAGGGGGAUGAGGACUGCGAGCCCGCCUCCCCCCCGCCACUGCCACGCAAGCGGGCGCGGCGCGGCGCCGGGCGUAGCAGCAUGUCGGAGUUCCUGACGGAGUCGGAGAUGGACCUGCUGGUGGAGACGGAGGACAAGGGCGGAGCGGCGGCGCUGGGGGAGCUGCAGCGCCUGACGGAGCUCACCUACAAACUAACAGAAGAGGACACCAGGAGGCUGAUAGAGCUGCGAGCCGCCAACGAGUCGCUCUUCACCGGCCGACGGAACACAGCCAAGCCAGCCUGGAGGGGCAUCGUGAAGGAGAUGGGGCUCACAGGGAAGAUCACCCCCGACCAGGUGGCCAAGAAGUGGGACAACCUGAAGACCAAGUUCAAGGACCUGAAGUUCCCCCCGCGGGGGGCUGAGGGCCAGCUAAGCCCUUCCUCCUGGCCUUGGUACCAGAUGAUGAGCGAGGCCCUGGAGGGCCGGCUGCUAGGCCACGCCCCCCGUGUGGCGCCGCUCUGGGCCAGCGACGAGGACGUGUUCGGGGCGUCUCCCGCCCAGGACCGCACCAGCAUGUCGGAGCUGGACGAGGGGCCCGACGCCAUGGACCCCGUCGCCAUGGACGCAGUCGCCAUGGACGCAGCCGUCGCCAUGGACAACGCGGUCGCCAUUGAAGCGGCGGCCGAGGCGGAUGGCAGCAUCACGUACAUCGACGCCAGCGGGGAGGAGUGUUCCACGCCCAGUGACUUCUCCUACAAGAUGUCUGAACAGGACACCAGGAGGCUCAUUAAGCUGAGAGCCGCUAACGAGGUUCUCUUCACGGGGAAGAGGAAUGCAGCCAAGGCCGCCUGGAAGGCCAUCCUGAAGGAGCUGGGCCUGCUGGGGAAGGUCUCCACCUAUCAGAUGUCCAAGAAAUGGGACAACCUGAAGAGGAGAUACAAGGACCUGAAGUACCCCCCCGUCGGCAUGGAGACGGCGGCGGACGGCGCGGCGUCCUGGCCCUGGUUCCACCUGAUGAACGACGCCAUGGAGGGCCGUCUGGGGGACAGCGCCCCCCUCCUCAGCCCCAUCACCCAUGACGACCAGCCCCCCGACCCCGCCCCCAGGGCGCGGCCCGCCCACCAGCCCCUCCCCCCCGACUACGACCCGUACCCCGAGGGGCCGGGGGGCGACGGCUGCGAGCGCGCCCUGGCGGAGCGGCUGGGGGGGCUGGAGAGGGAGUGGGAGAUGGUGGAGCGGGAGAGGCUGGCGGUGGAGACGGAGCGGGCGGGGCUAGAGAGAGACCGGGCGGGGCUGGAGCAGGACCGGGGGGUGGUGGAGAGGGACCGGGCCGCGGUCCAGGCGGACAGGCAGUGGCUGGAGCGGGAGAGGGCCCUGAUGGAGCAGGAGAGGGCGGCCCUGGACCGGGAGAGAGAGCUGCUGGACAACCAGAGGGCCCUGAUCCUCAGCUCCGUGGGCCACUCGGGACACCUCAACCCCCUGGGCAUGUAGCGGCCCUUGGGACUGUCUGACCCUGGGGGUGUAGACUGUCUAACCCUAGAGGUGCAGUCUAUCUAACCCUGGAGGUGGAGACUGUCUAACCCUGGAGAUGGAGACUGUCUAUCCCUGGGCGUGUAGACUGUCUAACCCUGGAGGUGGAGACUGUCUAAACCUGGGCGUGUAGAAGACUGUCUAACCCUGGGCAUGUAGACUGUCUAACCCUGGAGGUGGAGACUGUCUAUCCCUGGGCGUGUAGACUGUCUAACCCUGGAGGUGGAGACUGUCUAAACCUGGGCAUGUAGACUGUCUAACCCUGGGCGUGUAGACUGUCUAAACCUGGGCGUGUAGACUGUCUAACUCUGGGCGUGUAGACUGUCUAACCCUGGGCGUGUAGACUGUCUAAACCUGGGCGUGUGGACUGUCUAACCCUGGGCGUUUAGAGUAUCUAACCCCGGAGGUUGAGACUAUCUAACCCUGAGCAGGUAGACUAUCUGACCCCAGGGGUCAUGACCCUGGGGACAGGAGAAUCCACUUUUAUAUGUUGGAGGACGAUUGUAAAAAGAAGAAAUCUGUAAACUUUAUGAACGCAAUAAGAUCCACAUUCCUCUGUUUCGUCCGUAACCACGGCAACCAGCGUUACCGUGGACACCAGUGGCGCAGUACCACGGCCUUCCGUCGUGGCAACGGAGCUCAAGGACCAACAGGAAGGGCUGUGGGCGGAGCCUCCCCCUCCUUGGUGGAGUUUCUCCUCAUGGGCGUAGCUUCUCCUCCUGGGUGGAGCUUCCUCCUCCAUGGCGGAGCUCCUCCUCCUGGGCGGAGCUUAUUGGGCAGAAGAUACAGAGUGCCUCUAGCCAAAAAAUCUCUACAUAAUCCUUCAUACCCAAGGCAAUACACACACACAAAAUACUUACACAAGCACCACAUACACACAAUUAGAGAACAGACUGCCUUCAUUCAAAGACAAUUUUCUAAUAUGGCAACCUGUGGGACAAAUAAAGCUUUUGAACUUUGAUCUUUGGACUUCUCCUGGGCAGAGCUUCUCCUGGGCGUGGCGUCUGUUGGGCAAACGGCCGUCUGACCUCUGAACUGUGGGCGGAGCUUCGGCAUGCUCGCUGACGUUAGUUUUUGAUAUAUAUAUAUAUAUGUUUAUUAUCUACCCAUGUGACUUUGUACACGUAUCGUAUGAACAAUGGUCCCCCUGAUGAGGAGCAUCCUGACGGACCAAUUAAAGCCGGGUUUGUCGUGACGUCCUGACGUAAGGCCCGCCCCCUCCGAAGUUAAUGUUGAAAAGUGCCAAUAUCUUCUGUUAGCAUCAAUGGAGUCGCUGACGUCUGCCUUAUGUUGGGUUCUGGAUUAAAAAAUCUACAGUAAAUGGAGACGUUGAGUGUUCCGUGUUCUUCAGACCAGCGGGUCUGCAGGGUUCACCUCAAUUGAACUAGAUAAUCAGGACAACUGACAGCUUCGCUUUGAUUCUCAUCAACAUUGAAAUCUUGUCUUUGCUCUACAUUUGAAAUGUAGUUUCAUUACUUUACACGUGUAGGGGUGGCUAUUGAUGGGGAGGGGGGGGGGUGUCACCCCCCUCUAGUGUUCAACGGUUGUAAAGACAAGUGGGUGUGUUGUGCAGGCGCACAAAGGAGUACACCUUGCCACUGCGUUAUUGGUCCGGAACCUUCGAUCCAUCCAUCUCUUCACCAAAUGUUCACUACGGGUUAUUUAUUAACGUAGCCACAAUGUGCGCCACAUCUUGUAAAAGAUGAUAAAAGAUUGCAAAUUAAAGUCAACCCUUUUUUUUUUUA